CCAAUUCUUUCGAUCAAUUCCAAAUUUAAGUAUAAAAUUGCAUUGAAAAUACUUGCAAAUGGAGAGGGCAUCGUUGAGGCUUCUUACCCCAGUUAUCUUAGUACUAAUCUUCCUGAUUAGUACAACAGGUUUAAUAUCUUGUGCUUCUAUACUACUCCCUCGUUCGAAUCUGCCAAUUACUACUAGAGUGGAGAAAACUACUGAAGGUUAUGAAGUGAUAAUAGUAGAAGAAAUGGUGAUCCAGCAACCAAAUACGGCGGCGAGCGCAGUCGAAAAACCAACGCUAUUGCAAUUGUUUAAAACUGAUGCUGAAAUGGUGGUAGGAAACGAAGCUAAUACGCUACAAUGCGCACAACAAGGACAAUUUUGCAGUUCAUUUGGACCGUUUUGUUGUAGAGGCUUAGAUUGUGUUAAUUUAAUUGUUGGUGCUUGUGCUAAGCUCUAAAUGGCGGCAGAUUGGCUAGCAAAUUAAUCACGGUGUUCAUUUAAGUUAAAAGUACGAGGUGUUCUCAUGGCGAUCCUGUAAGAUCUUCGUGUUGUUUUGUUGGAGGACGUCGGGUGUAUACCAUUAAUAAAGAUUAUGUGUGUAUGUGUGUAUGUGUUGUAAUUCCAUUAAUAAAGAUUUCUGUGUGUA